CUCGGAAUCGGAUUGCAGGCAAGUGAAUGGUGUUUGGGCAGCCAUGGAGACCGCGACAGCACCGCCAAGUACAACAACAGAAGCACCAACAACGAUGGCACCGUCAUCAACAACAGAACCACCUCCGACCACUACUAGAGAGUGGGCCAACGCCAGCUCCAACGGUGAACCAAGCCCGCGUUUGCGCAGCAGGAAAUCUCAAAUAUCCCAAAAAGGUUUGCCACGACUGUGUCAUAAAUCGUGUCUGCACCAGCUUUGUGAACCUUAACGCCGCAAGUUCGGUGCAGUGUGGUGCGGAAAUUGACACACUAUACGUAACGUAUAUAAAAUUUGC